CAUCAUCAGUUGUUUUAGUGGUGUGUUCAGCGGACGGACUCAGCUGACGUCACAGGGACACAUUAGGUGGGUGAUUGAGUCAGAACAGUGCAGUCGCUUCUGCACAAUUCUACCCUCCAUGAUCUCUAACCGAUGCAGGGCAAAAUGCGGCGCUGCUUUGGACGAGUCCCGUGUCCAUCGUGGGUCUCGCCGAUUGUCUUUUGGUGUGUUUUGGCCGUAUCUGUCGCACCUGUAAUGUUACACCCGCAGUGUUUGGACUUCAAGCCGCCUUUCCGACCGCUACGGGAGCUCGAGUUCUGCGUGAUGUACAAGGAGUUUGGCUGCUGUGAUUAUCAGAGGGACCAGGAGCUGAUGACAAAGUACUACCAGAUCAUGGGUGGCUUUGAUUAUUUUGGAUAUGUUAAAUGUGCGGGGUUCGUCCUGGAGCUGCUCUGCCAGCAAUGCUCUCCAUAUGCAGCUCACCUUUUUGACGCUGAGGACCCAAACACCCCAAUCAGGACCAUCCCUGGCCUCUGUCCUGACUACUGCUCCGAGUUUUGGAGGAAGUGCAGCUCCACCAUCCCUUUCCUGUCUAACGACACACUCACAGCAGAAGUCAAAGAAGACCAGACAAGUCUCUGCCAGUAUCUGAAACUCGAUGAUGAUGACUACUGCUACCCUCACCUGCUGAGCAACCAGAAGCUCUCUCAGAAUCUGGGUACGGUUCAGUCUGACUCUGAGGGCUGUCUGCAGCUGUGCCUGGAAGAAGUUGCAAACGGGCUACGGAACCCUCUUGCAAUGGUGCAUGCCAAUGAUGGCACAUAUCGCUUCUUUGUGGCCGAACAGGUAGGCUUGGUGUGGACAUACCUUUCUGAGCGGUCAAAACUGGACAGACCAUUUUUGAACAUUACCAAGACGGUGUUAACGUCAUCAUGGGAAGGUGAUGAGAGAGGCUUUCUGGGACUUACCUUUCACCCCAGGUUCAAAUAUAAUGGGAAGCUCUAUGUGUACUACUCAGUGGAGGUGGGCUUUGAUGAGAGGAUCCGAAUCAGUGAGUUCCAUGUGUCCGCCAAUGACAUGAAUGUGGUGGAUCAUGCCUCCGAGCGGGUUAUUCUGGAGAUUGAUGAACCAGCAUCCAACCACAAUGGAGGGCAACUUCUGUUUGCAGAUGAUGGCUACUUGUAUAUUUUCACAGGCGAUGGAGGAAUGGCAGGAGAUCCCUUUGGGAAAUAUGGAAAUGCCCAGAACAAGUCAGCUCUGUUGGGUAAAGUUCUUCGCAUUGAUGUGGAUGACAACGAGAGAGGCCCGUUGUACAGAAUUCCUCCAAAUAACCCCUUCAUACACGAGCGGGGGGCACGCCCCGAGAUUUAUGCUUACGGUAUUCGCAAUAUGUGGAGGUGUUCUGUGGAUCGGGGUGAUCCAAGGACCAAAGAGGGCAAAGGACGUAUCUUCUGUGGCGAUGUAGGCCAGAACAAGUUCGAAGAGAUUGACAUUAUUGAGAAAGGUCGAAACUAUGGAUGGAGAGCCAAGGAGGGAUUCUCUUGCUACGACAAGAAGCUGUGUGCCAACAGCUCACUAGAUGAUGUUCUUCCUAUUUACGCAUACCCUCACCAGAUGGGCAAGUCUGUGACUGGUGGCUAUGUGUACCGAGGCUGUGAAUACCCUAACCUCAAUGGCAUGUACAUAUUUGGCGACUUCAUGAGCGGGCGUUUGAUGAGUCUGCGGGAGGACAGAAACACAGGCCGAUGGAAGUACAAUGAGAUAUGUAUGGGGAUGGGCUUGACCUGUGCCUUUCCUGGACUCAUCAACAACUAUCACCAGUACAUCAUCUCCUUUGCAGAGGAUGAAGCAGGCGAGCUGUACUUCAUGUCAACUGGAAUACCGAGUGCCACCUCACCUUCAGGUGUAAUUUAUAAAGUGGUGGACCCCUCCAGACGGGCUCCCCCAAGACAAUGUCACUAUGAUUCUCUUCCUGUCAGAGUGAAAAGUAACCUCAUCAAGUUUGUUCCCAAGGAAACAUUAAUUGGCGCUGAGCCAGCAAAAGAAGUCAAGCCUGAGCCACAACCCACACAGUCCCUUCACUGGCUCCAAGAGCUCAUCGAUCCUCUUGGAGGACCAGAACUGACCACCCUGUUACCGACACCAACCACCACCAAAUCAACAAGACAUUCGAGGCGGAAAGGUAGACGCAAACAUGGGAAAAACAGAACGGAGAGUACACCCGAGCUCCAAAAUGGAGCGGUGAGGCUGGUUGGGGAUCAACAGGGCCGCAGUGACCGUGGACGGGUAGAGAUUUAUGUUAACAGGAACUGGGGCACCGUGUGUGACGACCUAUGGACCACCAAGAAUGCUGCAGUUGUAUGCCGGCAGCUGGGCUUCAGCUAUGCUCUGAAGGCAGCCAAGAACUCAGAGUUCGGGGAGGGGAAGGAUCUGCAGAUUCUACUGGAUGAUGUUGAGUGUCAUGGUACAGAGUCUAACCUGCUGGACUGCAAACAUGCCGGUGUAGGGACACAUAACUGUGCUCAUUAUGAAGACGCUGGUGUAAUCUGCGGCAAUUCAGACGUUGAAAUUGAAGUUGUUUAAAAUUUAAAUUGUAUACUACAAAUCAAUUUUGACUAAUUAUCAGAAUUACACUGCCACUUUGCGGAGUAAAUUGCGGCGUAAAAGCAGCUCCAAUAUAUUAAAUGUGCUUUUUUGUUGUUAGUUUAUCACAAUUGAAAAAAUCAAGGCAGCAUCUUUGAACCAGGAGCAUGGCACUUGUUGUUGUCAUAGGAACCACUGGUGAAUGCAAACGAUUGAGUCAUUUAUCAGAGAGCCUAGCUGGGACAUAUCCAACUCUCACAAUGUAAUUAUAUAUACUAUAUAAUAAUAUAUAGUGGAGUUUCCUUCAAUAAUUUUUUACUUGCAAGUAGGGUCCCAUAGUUCGAAGAUAAAUGUUCAUAUAACAGUUCUACAUCACACACCUGAAUGUUUAAUUCAGAGGUUUGCAUUGAAAGUCUUUUUUUUCUCACAGACUUUUUACAGUAAUGCAUUUAUCAUUAAGUGAACUUUAUGUUUCCUGAUGAAUGUUCAAUGCCCACUGAAUGAAUGUAUAAGUGCAUUAUCAUGUUAUGCUGUUAGUAAAUCCUUUUAAUAAGCGGCUUUCCAAACUAUACUUUCUCAUGUUUAAAUAUUUUAAUAUGUGGAAUCCAUGGUGACAUUCUGAAACCCCCUUAAACAACAGCCUGAUUAAGACUUGGAAGGUAGCUUUAUUCUUCAAGAAGCAUCCCUUGUUAAAAUGUUUAAUCUUAUUUACUAGGUUUAUUAUCAGAGAUUAUUAGGAAGGUUUGUAAAUCUAAUCCAUUUAUUGCACCGUACAGGUCUUGCUUAAAAUAAGACGAGCCUUUGAUCUCCCACAAUUGCAGGAUGUUGUGUUAAUAACAAGACAAACAAGUAUAAAGAGGGCCUUUUUUGUUCUAAGCAGUCUGGAGUUCAAAGAAUGUCCUCUGUGUUGUGAAGGUCAUUGAUAUGCAGAGCGGCACAUCUCAGAAGCUGUAGCCAGGUUGACCAAUCAACCGUAUGAUCAGCAAUAUGUAAACUUACAAACAACUAUUGACUAUUAUGGGAGGCUUCAUUGUCUAGCUUUAAAUUGUUAUCGAAAAUUAGUAGAUGAAAGACAUUGGAAGUCCUGGGUGGCUGGUGUCUACAUUAAACAUGACAGUUGUGAAAUAGAAUUUAGAAUAUGCAGCAAAACCCAAUCACACACUUGUUGGAGGAUUUUCCAAGCCUAAAUCAACCUGGCUACGAAUCCAACCCCUAUUACUUUGCAGUCUUUGGUCUCUUCUCUCCCAAUCUCCUGGUUUAUCGUCCUGAUAUUUAAUAGUUUGCUGCAAGAGGUGUGAAAUGCCACCAGAAGGCAGUGUUGCCUCAUCCUAAUAACAGUUUGGGCAAUGCAUAUCACUCCUCCUUAUGCUGGGAUGGACUAACUGUAUGUACCUACACAUACAGUUCCAGUAAGAAAAAAGAUGGAUACACUUUCUCAAUGAAUAUGGGUUAUAUAUAUGACAUGGCAUAUGAGCUGAAAUAAAGUUUGAUGGUCAAGUUAAACAUAAUCGUCAAUGACAAUGAUAUCCACGUUGUUGUAUGUAAAUGGUCUGUACUACUACUAAGUGUCUUCCCCAAGGACACAUUGAGACGGACACUAGCGGUGGCCCACCUCCGUAGAAAGGUACAGUAACUAACAUUUACUGAAGCCUGAUUUGUGAACUAAGAUUCAGCUUUUACUAAAGUUGGUUAGAACUUCAGCAACUGACCUAAACACAUCAAUAACACCAUCAUGAAAGAAAACACCACUAAAAACUAAAGAUCCUUAUCUUCUUCUGAAGAUUCUGUCUCUCCCUCAAUGAGAAUCCAGAGUUAAGUUGUGAUGUGGCUUGGUGUGAUUUAACCCAAAUUAGGCCAUGGAAAUACGCACAAUUCCUUUGAAUGUCUCGAAAGUGUUGUUGGCAGGAAUAAGAUUACUGGUUCUAUUAGAAAAUGUGUAUAGUUUUCAUUUGCAGUUUUUCCAUAAAAAGAAAUGUUCAUCUUGAUAUUUGUGUCGCUUUUUAAUCUUGAAUAUAAUGUAUUAUUUUGACCUGGUGUUUUUUUUUAUUGAAGAUAAUAAACCACUCGUCUUCACGGUC